AGGAGGGAGAUGGAUAGGCAGCUUCACAGCAUCCACCCUCAACCCCUGCAGUGACCAUGCUAUGUUCAAUUCCUGAACCUUCAACACCUGAAGGUUGAAGGAUUUAGGGGAAGAAUGUGAGGCUGGAAAACUUGGCUCCUCCAUGUACAGUUUAGUGACCUUGGCUAAGUCACUUCACCUCUGACUCAGUUCUCUUAUCUGUUAAAUGGGAAGAGUAACAAUUAUAUAUGCCUCACAGAAUUAGUGUGAGGUUGACAUUGUGUAAAAGUUGAGUUUUUGGAUGAGUCUUUUUUUGAGCAUUCGGAAGUGGAUGUGAGGACUUAGGGAUGAUUGAAAGACUAUUGAAGCAUAUAACUAACUGCAGGGCCCAUAAGAAAUGCAUUAAAUGGUAACUGGGUAAUGGUGAUCUAAGGUAGAUUAGAAAAUAUGAAUUUCUACAGAAUUUGUACCUGAUGUUGGCACCCUUUGCAUGGAAGUGAAGAAAGUGGUAUGCCUCCAAAAGAAAAAAUAUGGUAUAAGCUUCAGGCCCUAUACAACUGAAUCUACUACCAGUGGUGAGGUGGAAUCAGUGGAAGGUUGUCGGCAAGGGGGUUUGCGAAUUAAAAAGAUGGUGAGUUCAAAUUGGAGUUGGUGCUGGAUGAGAGCAUCAGAGGACAGGCACAAGAAGAGAUGAAGAGCAGAUUUGGUGGGACUGAGAAAGCAAAGAGGAGUCAGUGUGUGAGGCUGUGAAGACAAGGAAUCCUGGGUGAUCAGGUAGUCAGUGCAUUUUUACUGAGUUCUUGGCUAUUUUCCAACUGCUGAGGAUACAGGGGUGUGCAAAGCAGGCAGAUAGUCCUCCGGGAGCUCACAGUUGAGGAAAAAGGAACCCACGUACUGGAGCCUGGACUUCUCAAGAGGGGCGCCUUCAAGGGUGGAGGAAAGCUCAGGGCCUGGAAUGUGGGGUGCAAGGAGGGGUCUGGAAAGGCAGACAGGCUGGAUCUCAGGGGACCUUAUAGGAGUUUGGACUUUAUCAUGAGGACAGAGGAGGACUGUUAGAUGGUUUUAAGCAAGGGGUGAUCAGAUUUGUGCUUUAGAAAGACCGCCCUGUGUAUACCAGCAAGAAACUUCCGCACAUGCAGGAGUGUGUACAACACUUGCUUUGCUAGUUGUGGAGUUCAAUGUGCCAAACUCGAGCUUCAUGUGUCUGUGUGGAUAAACCUCAUAAACUUAAUAUUGAGCUUUUAAAAGAGCAAGUUGCAAAGGGUAUAUACAGUACAAUACUACUUGUAUGAAGCUCGUGAAAACAUCCAUAUAUUAUGUUAUUGUUUAUAGGCACACUGGUGGUGAAAAUAAAAAGCAUGUGUGGGAAUUAUAUACGUCAGUGGUUCUUGGACUCGAGCAUGCCUCUGAAUCACCUGGAAGACUUGUUAAAACACAGAUUUCUGGGCUUCACUUCAGUUUCUGAUGCAAUCGGUCUGGAGUGAGGACUCAAGGACUCACAUUUCUAGGUGAUGCUGCUGCAGGUCCUGGGACCAGAGUUUGAGAACUCUGAUGUACAUCAACUUGUGGAUGGUGAUUACUUCUUGGGAGGGAGAAGAAUAGGACUGGGAGGGGUCCAAAGAGGCCUCAACUGUAUUUCUUUUUAAAAGAUCUUCAAAAAAAAAUAUGAUGCACUGUUACUUGACAAAGCUUGAUGGGUGUUCAUGAUAUUAUUUUUUAGAUUUUUGAUGCUUUAAACAUUUCAGGAAAGAAAAAAUCCUGUUUGCUGUUUGGAAAAUGGACUGGAAAAGAGAAAGAAGUGGGAGUCCAUGUAGAAAACUGUUGGCAGAAGCCCAGAGCACCUUGUGAGAAUCAGGUACUGGUGGAAGAAGCUCAAGAGACUGUGAGGCCUGAGUGGUCAAAGUCGUCAUAGUUCCAGUUGAAAUCCAUGAAGACAGGAGGGAAUGGGCCAGGGAGAAAGAUGCGGGCCUGGAGUCUUUAUGAGAAAGAGUAUUUUCAAACCAGUGCCUGGGGCCAACCAGAACGCUGAGUGACCCAGGUGUCUGGGUGGAGACCUGAGCUGGGAGAAGGAAGACGCUCGUGGAAGGAAAUUACAGGGGAUAACAGUAUGGAAAAGAAAGCCCAGGACAGCAGAAAAGGUGCCCCCCACAGAGCAGUGCCCCCAGCUGUGGGGCUGCUCUUCUCCAUGGCCCUCAUGAACACGCUCCUCUACUUCUGCCUUGAUUGGUUUUUCAUCUCCUGUCCACGCUCUGCUCCCAGCUCUGCUCCCAGCUCUGCUCACUGUCCCCACGGACACUUCAGAAUGGGACAGAUGAAAAACUGUUCACCAUGGCUGUCCUGCGAGGAGCUGAGGACCGAAGUGAGGCAGUUGAAGCGUGUUGGAGAAGGAGCUGUGAAGAGAGUCUUUCUGUCUGAGUGGAAGGAACGCAAAGUCGCGCUCUCACGGCUCACCAGUCUGGAGAUGAAAGAUGAUUUCCUGCAUGGGCUGCGGAUGCUGAAAACCCUGCAGAGUAAACAUGUUGUCACCUUGCUUGGAUACUGUGAGGAGGACAACACUAUUCUUACCGAAUAUCACCCCUUAGGUUCCUUGAGCAAUCUGGAAGAAACGCUCAACCUUUCCAAGUACCACAGUGUGAACACGUGGCAGCACAGGCUGCAGCUGGCCAUGAAUUACGUGGCCAUCAUCCAAUACCUGCACCACAGCCCCCUGGGUACCCUGGUCAUGUGCGAUUCCAGUGACCUGUCCAAGACCUUGUCCCAGUAUCUGCUGACGAGCAACUUCAGCAUUGUGGUAAACGACCUGGACGCCUUGCCCCUGGUGAACCACAGCUCAAGGACGUUUGUGAAGUGUGGCCACAGGGAGCUUCACGGGGACUUUGUGGCUCCAGAGCAGCUGUGGCCCUAUGGAGAAGACAUGCCUUUUGACGAUGAUCUCAUGCCCUCAUAUGAUGAGAAGAUCGACAUCUGGAAGAUUCCAGAUGUCUCUAGUUUCCUUUUGGGGCACGUUGAAGGAAGUGAUAUGGUCCGAUUUCAUUUGUUUGAUAUUCAUAAGGCGUGUAAGAGCCAGACUCCUGCAGAAAGACCCACUGCUCGGGAAAUUCUAGACACUUAUGAGAAGGUUUUGAAUCUGCUCAGAGAAACUGUGAUGUCCCAGACAAGAGAAAUGCUAUGAAAACCAUUCAGUCAGUGAAGAAUGGGUUUCAAAGAACAAAUGGAAUCAUUAUAGCAA